CCCUGGACGCAUUACAAGAACGUGAUGACGAAAGACGCUCUCUCUUUGCCGCAACUACUGCGAGGAUGAAGACCAUUCUCAGCAACCAGACUGUCGACAUCCCAGAAAAUGUCGACAUCACGCUGAAGGGACGCACAGUGAUCGUGAAGGGCCCCAGAGGAACCCUCCGGAGGGACUUCAACCACAUCAAUGUAGAACUGAGUCUCCUGGGAAAGAAAAAAAAGAGGCUACGAGUUGACAAAUGGUGGGGAAACAGGAAGGAACUGGCUACUGUUCGAACUAUCUGUAGCCAUGUCCAGAACAUGAUCAAGGGUGUGACACUGGGCUUCCGAUACAAGAUGAGGUCCGUGUAUGCUCACUUCCCCAUCAACGUCGUUAUUCAGGAAAAUGGAUCUCUUGUCGAAAUCCGAAAUUUCUUGGGUGAAAAGUACAUCCGCAGGGUUCGGAUGAGAACAGGUGUUGCUUGUUCUGUGUCUCAGGCCCAGAAAGAUGAGUUAAUCCUUGAAGGAAAUGAUAUUGAACUUGUUUCAAAUUCAGCUGCUUUGAUUCAACAAGCCACCACAGUUAAAAACAAGGAUAUCCGAAAGUUUUUGGAUGGUAUCUAUGUUUCUGAAAAAGGAACAGUGCAGCAGGCUGAUGAGUAAGAUCUAAGUCUUUCAGCUGCAUACAGAAAUGAGAUCCUGGAUCAUAAGAACAAUUUUGCUUUUAUUGAAACAAUAAAAGACUUCUGUUGAUUUGGGACAUA